CGGGGGAGGGGCUUGAUUUGCCCCUCCGCGCGGGAGGCUUCAGCAAUCAGCGUGCAGUUGAGCUCUGAAGGACGGUAGCAGGAGCCAAUCAGCGAAUCGGCUCCUUCCCGGCACCCGCACUCGCGCCACACGGGUCGCGGCCGUUACUGGCGGCGCGCGCGCGGGGACUCAAAGUAGGUCAUGGAAGAUACGCAGGUUAUUGACUGGGAGGCUGACGAAGAGGAGGAAGCAGAGAGACCCAGUGAAUCCUUGGGGUGUAACUUGGAGCCCCUAGGGAGACUGCAUAUCUUCAGCAGUGUCCAUGGACCAGAAAAAGAUUUCCCGCUAUACCUUGGGAAGAAUGUGGUAGGCCGAAUGCCUGACUGCUCUGUGGCCCUGCCUUUUCCGUCCAUCUCCAAACAACAUGCAGUGAUUGAAAUCUUGGCCUUGGACAAGGCACCUGUCCUCCACGAUUGUGGGAGCCUCAAUGGUACUCAAAUCGUCAGGCCUCCUAAGGUCCUGAGCCCUGGGGUGAGUCAUCGUCUGAGGGACCAGGAGCUGAUUCUCUUUGCUGACCUACCCUGCCAGUACCAUCACCUGGAUGUCCCCCCGCCUUUGGUCUCCCGAGCUCCCCUAACUGUAGAGGAGACGCCCAGGGUACAGGCAGGAACUCGACCCCAGGGGCUUCUGUUGGCUGAGGACUCAGAGGAGGAAGUAGAUCUUCUUUCUGAAAGUUGUGUGGUGAAAGAAUCAAGGUCUGUCUCCUCCCCUUUGGCAACAGUUGUGCCGGAAAGUGAUGAAGAAGGGGCUUCCCCUGCCCCAGAUGGCCCUGGGCCACCUUUUGCCUUUAACUUGGAGAGUGACACAGAUGAAGAAUGUGAGCAGCCAGCAUCAGGGGAGGCCUCCUCAGCUGCCAGAAGAGGUGCCACUGCAGAAGCUGAUGGAGUUGCAACUGAACUUCACCUUGAGAAGAAUCAGCCUUCGGCAAAGGAGGUGGACAAUGAAACAAAAGUAGAGAGUGCUACAGGGAAUGUGGUGCUUCCAGUAGGGGUGAUUCUGAAGAGAAACCAACCCAUAAAGGAGGACAGUGACACAGAUGUGGAUGAUGACAACAAACUUCCAGGGAGAUCAGCCGAGGUCCAUUUGGAAAGGAACCAGCCUUCUGCCUUCACAGACAGUGAUACAGAUGUGGAAGAAGAGGGGAUCCCAGCAACCCCAGCCAUGGUUCCUGUGAAAAAGAGGCAAAUUUUCCGUGGAGUUGGCAUGGAGAGUCUUGGGGUGCCUGCUUUGGCACAUCUGCAAGAGAGCCAGGCUAGUCGUGAUAUAGAUGUGGAGAAGGGUGAGGCUCCACUGGCUGUCCCUCUGGAGAGAAGCCAGCCCCCUGUGGUGAUCAACAGCGAUACAGAUGACGAGGAAGAAAUCUCAGCAGCGCUCGCUUUGUCGCUUCUUAAAGAGAGCCGAAUUGUUACAAGGAACAGAGAUAUAGACGUGGGAGAAGGCAGGGCCCAACCUGUGGUCCUUCUGGAGGAAAGCCAAACCUCUGCUGGGAGAGACAGUGACACGGAUAUGGAGGAGGAGGGGCUCCCAGUGGAAAAGAGACAUCUCCCCAAGGGUCACACAGACAAAGAUGGAGUCCUUGUUAUAGCACAUUCAGAAAAGAGCCAACCUCCCCUUGGGGACAGUGAUAUGGAUGUGGUAGAAAAGGACUUACCUGGGAUCCAGCUGGAGAGAAGACAAACCUCCACCAUGGUGGACAUCAACACAGUAGUGGAGGAGGAAGUCCCACCAGGGCCAGCUGUUACACAUCUAGAGAAGCAUCAGGUGCCUGAGGAGGGGACAAAUCAAACAGAUGUGGAAGCAGAGGGGAACCCUGCAAAGCUGCCUGUGGUACAUCUAGAGGAAGCCCAGCUUCCUCCAGACUGUGAAAUGGAUGCAGAGGAGAGCAUGUCCUUAGCAGACUCAGCAGUGGCAGAUGUAAGAAAGCUCCAGCUUCCGGCAGAAGGAGAUGCCGGGACAGAGUGGGCUGCAGCUGUUCUCGAACGGGAGAGAGCUCUUGAAGCAGGGGCCCAGGGUGGGUCCCUUGUGACACAAGUGGAGCAGGAGCUUCUCCCUGUCUCAAGGGAGAACCUAACAGAUUUGGUGGUGGGAACAAGCACUUCUGGGGAACCCAUCCAGCCACAUAGAGAGGGAGCCCAGACCCCUACAGAAAGGGAGAGAGAACCACAUGUGCAUGGGUCCAAGGACUCUGAAGACAACCAAGAUGAUUCUGAAGAUCUGGACCUACAAGCUACCCAGUGCUUUGUGGAGAGAGAGAAUCAGAGCCUGGAAUCAGUCCAGGACAUGGAGGAUGAACCCACCCAGGCCUUCCGGAUUACUCUACCCCAAGAAGCUGGCCCUUCCUGUUGCAGCUUCUAUACCUCUGGUGCCCUGGAUGAGCCUUGGGAGGUCUUGGCUACACAGCCAUUCUGUCUGAGAGAGGCAGAGGCCUCUGAAACCCAGCACAUUGCCACCCACCUUGAGGCCCAUGGAACCAGCCCCUCUCCACCCAGGGCAACUCCACAAGACCAACAGCCAGAGAGCCCAGUUCACACAGAGCCAUUGGGGAUUCAAAUCAGAGGAGCACAUACUAUGGAGAAAGACAUGGGUACACCAAGAAAAACAGCAGAGAGGGUGCCCUCUGAGAGAGAGCCACUGGAGAAGAAAACUAAGAAAGUGCCACCAGAAGGGGAAAGAGAAAGAGAAGAUAUGAUAGGAGAGGGAGAAUUAACUGGGGGGAUACAGGAAAGAGAACAAAAACAGCUCUUAGUUAGAGAUUCUCAGAGACAAGAGUCAGAUAAAAACAUGAAAGGUGCAAAUAUGGAAAGGGACAUGGGGAGUUUGAAGGUAGAAAGUGAGAUAUCCAAGGAAAUACGGGAGAGAGAAAUAGAGGCACACACCCUUGGAAGAGAAAUACUUGAGAGAGAAGCAGAGAAGGAGAGUGAGCCAGCUGUGUUAGAAGUAAAGAUACCCAAAGUGAUACUGGAGAAAGGCACACAGAGAGAGGAGACGGAGGGAGGGAGCCAGGACCAGGAAGGGCAGGCCUCCUUUCCAACAGUAGAGCCUGGAGUGGGGGUGGGGGCCCUUCAGGGACUGGCUUCAGCCCCAGUAACUUCUGGGAGCCAGUCAGGUGGAGGAACGGUAGUCCCAGUAGGCACCAGGAGGCAGCAGAGAGGCAACUCGAACUGCAAAAUGCCACCUGCUCGGAAGACUUCCUGGGGUGAUCAGAAAUCCCCAGAUGCCUAUCUGCCUCCUUCAGUGCCUAAAGCCUCAGUCUCGCUCCCCAACCCCCCCAAGUCCCAAACCACCUCUCAGAGCCAAAAACAUUCUGUUCCCCAGCCCCUUCUUUCUCCCUCUCCAUUGUCUUUAGAGCCACCCAUACCAAGGACCCGGCAACAUGGGAGUCAGCAAGCUCCAGAGACUCCUAUGUCCUCAGAGCUGGAGCCUCUCCGGACAGAACCUAAAGUCAGGCCCCGGGGUUCCUCCAGGAUGACACCGUCUCCAGUUCCCUCUACUGCCCUUGAGCCCCGCUCUACCACACACCUCACAUACCAGCCUAUCAGCCCUGAGCCUGCAUCUCAGGUCAUUCGAGGCAGAACACGUAGGUCAUCUGAAAUGACACCUGUACCAGUUGUCCCCACAGCCAUUGAGCUCCAGCCUUCCACCUCUACAGACCAGCCUGUCACCCCCGAGCCCAAAUUACAGACAACUUGGGGCAGGACACAUAGGUCCUCCGUCAAGACCCCUGAACCAGUGGAAUCCACCACCCCUGAUAUCCAGCCUGUCACCCCCAGGCCCAUAUUACGGGGAACUCGGGGCAGGACACAUAGGUCGUCUGUCAAGACCCCUGAACCAGUGGAAUCCAGAGCCCCUCAUCCUGAGCCUCCUACACCCACAGACCAGCCUGUCAACCCUGAGCCCAUGUUACGGGCCACUCGGGGUAGGGCACGUAGGUCCUCUGUCAAAACCCCUGAACCAGUUAUCCCCACAGCCCCUGAGCUCCAGCCUUCCACCUCCACAGACCAGCCUGUCAACCCCGAGCCCAGGUUACGGGCCACUCGGGGCAGGGCACGUAGGUCCUCUGUCAAAACCCCUGAACCAGUUAUCCCCACAGCCCCUGAGCUCCAGCCUUCCACCUCCACAGACCAGCCUGUCAACCCUGAGCCCAUAUUACGGGCAACUCGGGGCAGGACACAUAGGUCCACUGUCAAGACCCCUGAACCAGUGGAAUCAGCAGUCCCUCAUCUCAAGCCUCCUACCUCCACAGACCAGCCUGUCAACCCUGAGCCCAGGUUACGGGCCACUCGGGGCAGGGCACAUAGGUCCUCUGUCAAAACCCCUGAAACAGUUAUCCCCACAGCCCCUGAGCUCCAGCCUUCCACCUCCACAGACCAGCCUGUCAACCCUGAGCCCAUGUUACGGGCCACUCGGGGCAGGGCACGUAGGUCCUCUGUCAAAACCCCUGAACCAGUUAUCCCCACAGCCUCUGAGCCCCAGCCUUCCACCUCCACAGACCAGCCUGUCAACCCUGAGCCCGUAUUACGGGCAACUCGGGGCAGGACACAUAGGUCCACUGUCAAGACCCCUGAACCAGUGGAAUCGACAGUCUCUCAUCUCAAGCCUCCUACCCCCACAGACCAGCCUGUCACUCCUGAGCCCAUGUUACAGGCUACUCGAGGCAGGGCACGUAGGUCCUCUGUCAAGACCCCCGAACCAGUUGUCCCCACAGCCCCUGAGCUCCAUCCUUCCACCUCCACAGACCAGCCUGUCACCCCUGAGUCUAUAGCUCAAGGUGGUCAGAACAGGACACUAAGGUCUUCCUCAAUAAAUGCUCUGCCAGUGCCUACCACCCCUGAAUUCCAGCCUCCUGUCCCCACAGACCAGCCUAUUCCCCCUGAGCCUGUCCCUCAAGCCAGUUGCAGCAGGAGACAGAGGACCACUAAGAAGCAUGGGUCCCUCACUGCUCCCAUUGUCAAUGAACCUUGUUCCAUACCUGAAUCUAAAUCCUGUUCUUCAAGGAGCCAAAGACGAGGAGCAGUGAGAGCAACUGAGUCCUUUAUGACCAUUCCUGAACCUUCCUUUCCCCAGCUUCUUGAGGCACCCCCUCAUGCUCUCCCGAUCCAAAAGGUGGAGGUAACAGGCAUAUCUGGGUCUACCCCAGAGUCCCAGCCUAAGGCCUCUCGAAACCGCAAGAGGCCCCUAGUUAUCACAGAUUCAUCCCCACUUCAAAAACAGUCCCAAAGAAGGGAAGGCCCCCAGAAGGCAGAGUCCCUCAAGAAAGAGGAAGAAACUGCAGAGAGGCCAAGAAAGGAAGAGGAUGCAGUGGUUCCAGGACUGGGCAAGAGAAAGAGAGGUCAAGCAGAAGAGGAGCCCAAGGAAACACUGAGUCACAACCUCCGAAGGAUCAAAACUGACCAAGAACCCACAGUCCCCCGAGUGCUCUUCACAGGCGUGGUGGAUGCCCGAGGAGAGCGGGCUGUGCUGGCUCUGGGUGGGAGCCUGGCUGGCUCAGUGACAGAGGCUUCACACCUAGUCACUGAUCGAAUUCGCCGGACUGUCAAGUUUCUGUGUGCCCUGGGGCGGGGAAUCCCCAUCCUCACUCUGGACUGGCUGCACCAGUCCCGCAAGGCUGGUUGCUUCUUACCCCCUGAAGAAUAUGUGGUGACUGAUCCUGAGCAGGAGAGGAACUUUGGCUUCAGCCUUCGGGAUGCCCUGAGCCGGGCUCGGGAGCGAAGGCUGCUGGAGGGCUAUGAGAUUCAUGUGACCCCCGGAGUCCAGCCACCGCCACCUCAGAUGGGAGAGAUCAUCAGCUGCUGUGGGGGCACUGUGCUCCCCAGCAUGCCCCGCUCCUACAAGCCUCACAGAGUUGUGAUCACAUGCCCUCAGGACUUCCCUCGAUGCUCCAUUCCAUUUCGGGUUGGACUGCCCCUCCUCUCACCUGAGUUCCUGCUGACAGGAGUGCUGAAGCAGGAAGCCAAGCCAGAGGCCUUCAUCCUCUCUUCUUUGGAAAUGUCAUCCACCUGAAAACUCAGUGCCCUUUUUCCUCCGAGACCAAUAAAUAAAGUAUUAGAAAAUAUUUGAA